AACACCUCAGUUGCACUCUUCAUCUUAUCGCGACGACGUCGAUUACACAACCAUCGGAUGGUUGCGCGUUCCAGCUUCCGCGAGCCUAGAUAAGCGCCAACGCUGUCGAAGGGCACUAUCUUUUCGCAACUGAUUGCAACACGUAUCGGUUGGGUCUACGGGCGUAUUAGUGCAAGGACACCUACGGAAACGCAAAAACUGCAAAUUUCGUUUGCCACCAAGUGACAAGGAAAAUUAACGAUAAAACGCGUCUCCACGAAUAACAAGAAAAAUAAAGCCGAUUUGUACUUAAAACACGUGUAUUGUUAUUUCAAGGUGAACCUUAUUAUAUUUAAAUCCUUCAUUUGUCAGAUGGUGGAUUUAAAGAAUUCUUAAAACAGUUAAAGUUAAACGCAAAAGUCGCGGCACUGUCAGUUGGUAGCGGAGGCUGAAAUGACGAAACCUAAAAAUUUAACUGCUGAAGCUCUGGAGGAGCUAAAACCAAUGAAAAAUGGUGAAUUGCUAGACACUAAGGUGACGAUAGAUACGGUGAAGUAUGAGCAACCACCAGAGAAACAUUGGAUUUUAAGACGCUUAUACUUUUUGAAUUGGCUAAAAACCUACGACCGUGAAACUGCUAUAGCGGAUUUAAUUGCCGGCAUCACAUUGGGCUUAACGAUUAUACCACAAAGUAUCGCUUAUGCGGCACUAGCCGGUCUCUCUUCGGAAUAUGGCUUGUACUCGGCUAUUAUUGGCAAAGUUUUCUAUGCAUUGUUCGGCACAAUCCCUCAAGUAUCGAUUGGACCCACAAGUUUAAUGUCUUUGAUGGUUUUGCAAUUCGUCGGUGAACGCCCUAUGCAAUUUGUGGUUGUGCUCGCAUUUUUAGCGGGUCUUGUGGAGCUUCUUAUGGGGGUAUUUCAACUGGGUUUCGUCGUAAACUUUAUACCAACGCCAGUAACGAAAGCAUUCACCAGCGCCACCGCUGUCAUUGUAGCAGCUGUGCAAUUCAAAAAUUUAUUAGGUCUAAAAGGAAAAGGUGUACCGUCAAUUGGUGAACUCUUCAAGCGGAUACAUUACUCGGAUGCCAUAUUAGGUCUCAUUUGUCUGGUGGUGUUGUUACUCUUGAGACAAUUAGCACACAUCAAUUUCAAGAAGAACACACCAAAUACACGCAGACUUAAGAAAUUUCUAUGGUACGUAAGCAUCUCACGCAAUGCCCUGGUUGUCUUCAUCUGCAGUACAAUUACGUACUUCUGGGUGAAAAAUCGGUCGUUGGAGGCGAUACCAUACACGCUUACUGCAAAGGUUACCUCGGCUCAAUUGACAUUCAGUUUGCCACCAUUCGCUUUUGAUUACAAGAACACAACACUCGUAUUCACCGACAUCAUUCACGAAUUGGGCGCUGGCAUUGCGGUGGUGCCCAUCGUUGCAAUUUUAGCGAACGUGGCUAUUGCAAAGGCUUUUGUUAAGGACAAUCGUUUGGAUGCCUCCCAGGAAAUGUUGACCCUGGGUAUUUGUAACAUAGCUGGAUCGUUCUUCAAUUGCAUGCCUACUUGUGGUGCUUUCACGCGCUCCGCCGUCAGUCAGGCGAGUGGUGUGCGCACUCCCUUGAGCGGUAUAUAUACAGCUAUUUUGGUGUACUUGGCGCUCAGUGUGCUUACUCCGUACUUUGGUUAUAUACCAAGGUCGUCAAUUGCGGCUUUACUUAUUAUAGCUGUUGUGUUUAUGAUCGACUUCUCACCCAUUAAAGAACUUUGGCGCACGAAUAAAAAGGAUUUCUUCAGCUGGGUUGGAUGCUUUAUCGUAUGCCUCGCCGCAGGCGUAGAAGUGGGUCUACUCUUUGGUAUCGUGCUAAAUAUGAUUUUCGUACUUUUACGAUUGGGCAAUCCCAAAGUGGAGGUGACGCUGAUGGAGUGCGAAAAUCGCAAUUACAUCUUCGUCAGUCCCACCUCCGAUGUCUACUAUUCAGGAGUAGAAUAUAUUCGAGAUAAAAUCAACGAUGCUUGUUUGCUGUAUCGAGACGAUUUUCCAGUUGUAUUGGAUUGUCGACGGUUCAUGCAGUUCGAUGCUACGUUCGUCGAUGUAAUCAGUGCUGUGGCUAAGGAAUUGCGCGAACGUGAUGUUUUAUUGGUAUUGUUCGGCAUUAGUGAAGAAUCACAGCAAUUAAUGCACAAAUCGGAGAACAUCAACUAUUGUGAAGGUGAUCGUAUUUGCUCCGACGAUUUGUCACCAAAGAAACAGUAACUACAAAUGGUGUCGAAAACCAAUUGUGAUCACAUUUGUAAAUACAUAUAUAGAGACUAAUGAGAACACGAGAGAAAACAGUAGUAUUAUUGUUCAUUAGAACUAAAUAGGUGUUGUAGCUAGAAACGAUAUAGUUCCUCAUUACUCGUAUCUAAUCAUAGACCACAUUUUUGUCAUUAUUAGUUAAUUAAUUAAAAGUAUUUUAUAUUUAAAAAUUAUCCUGAAUAAAGUAUCCAUAUAUUUAUAUAUAAUGUGUUGAAUAUAUAUGUUGA